ACAGCUAUAUAUUAUUGUAUAUCUUGUAGCACUGAAAUCGCAUCCUCACCACACACACUAACCGUUGUUAAGUCCGUCGUUUUUCACUUCUCCGAUCUCCUCUCUUGAUCUCCGGCGAUGGCGAAGGAACCAAUGCGCGUACUUGUUACCGGCGCUGCAGGACAAAUUGGAUAUGCUCUUGUUCCGAUGAUUGCAAGAGGAAUCAUGCUGGGUGCUGACCAGCCAGUGAUUCUUCAUAUGCUUGAUAUUGCACCAGCUGCAGAAGCUUUGAAUGGAGUGAAAAUGGAAUUGGUGGAUGCUGCAUUUCCACUUCUUAAAGGAGUUGUUGCUACAACUGAUGCGGUUGAGGCAUGCACUGGAGUGAAUAUUGCAGUCAUGGUUGGUGGAUUCCCAAGGAAGGAAGGCAUGGAAAGGAAAGAUGUAAUGACAAAGAAUGUAUCUAUCUAUAAAGCUCAAGCUUCUGCACUAGAGCAAUAUGCUGCUCCAAAUUGCAAGGUGCUGGUUGUUGCUAACCCAGCUAACACAAAUGCAUUGAUUCUGAAAGAAUUUGCACCAUCAAUCCCUGCUAAGAACGUAACUUGCUUGACAAGGUUGGAUCACAACAGGGCUCUUGGACAAAUCUCAGAGAGAUUGAAUGUUGCAGUUAGUGAUGUGAAGAAUGCCAUCAUUUGGGGAAAUCACUCGUCAACACAAUAUCCUGAUGUUAACCAUGCAACUGUUAAGACAGCAGCUGGAUGGAAGCCUGUCCGUGAACUUAUUGCUGAUGAUGACUGGUUGAAUGGAGAAUUCGUUUCUACUGUCCAGCAACGUGGAGCUGCAAUUAUCAAGGCUAGAAAGUUCUCAAGUGCCUUGUCUGCUGCUAGUUCUGCUUGUGACCACAUUCGUGACUGGGUCCUUGGAACAGCUGAGGGGACAUGGGUCUCAAUGGGUGUAUACUCUGAUGGAUCAUAUGAUGUGCCAGCUGGUCUGAUCUAUUCUUUUCCCGUCACCUGUAAGGAUGGAGAAUGGUCCAUUUUUCAAGGUCUUUCCAUUGAUGAGUAUUCAAGGAAGAAAUUGGAUUUAACAGCUGAAGAACUCACUGAGGAGAAGGCUCUUGCAUACUCUUGCCUCUCUUGAACUUUGUUCGAGUAAUUGGGUCCUCUUUUUAGCCUGAGUUUUGAAUAAUGCUAUUGUCUGACCGAUUGAGGACUGGUCAUGGCAGGCAAUGCAACUUUUUUUUUUUUUCCGUAAAAUGUAAUGGGAUCAUGGUCAUGGUCUUUUACUGGACAAGUUUAUAGUUGUGUUUAAUUGAAUAUCAUCAUCAUAAGCUGGUAUUAUGAGGCAACAUAUUUUCAAGUCACUUAUUUUCCCAUUUGCUAUUAAUAAUAAUGUUAUACCAAUCUUGGUUCA